UGUGCCCAGAUAUAGCAUAAUAUUUCUGCAACUACUCGUGACCCGGUAUAUUCACUAGACAAUUCUGCUCACAUCAACACACAUUAACUGACGACUGAUCCCGGGUGUGGGAGGUGAUCGUACAAUGUUGCCCCCUGAUAAAAGAACAACGCUUCGAAAGAACUUACUUCAUAUCCGCCGUCAUUGACAGGGAAAGAUCGUCAAAGGUUUUGCACUCGCAUCCUUGGCUGUUCGUUUGUAAGUAGAACAAGAAAGCUGUGGACGCCUUUCUGCAGUUUAGAUCCUCCAGUAUGCCUUUGAUACAAAUCAAAGAUAGUGAGGGAUAUGGCCUGAUGUUUCGAGAGGUCGGGAAGAACCGGAUACCCAAAGAUUUCCCCGAGGACGUGAUCCGAGAAGUGCCGAAGCUGGCAAUGAGAGAAGAUGACAUUGUGAUUACAAACUGGAUGAGAUCAGGUACACACUGGAUGUUUGAAAUGAUCAGCAUGCUUAUCAACAAUAAUACGGAAACAAUUCCUAAGAAGAAAGAGGACCACAUGCUUGAAUACCAACCAAUCAGCAUGUUGGAUGCUUUACCAUCCCCACGAGUAUUAAACACUCAUCUUCACUUCCAGUACCUGCCAGAAGACAUGAAAACGAAGAGGUGCAAAGUGGUGUAUUUGUUGAGAGACCCACGAGAUGCACAUGUGUCUUAUUACAAAUUACUAAUUAAAGGAUCAAUUACUGGAUAUGAAGGAGGCUGGAAAAACUGGUUUGCUCUCAGUCUGAACGGGGAACUGUCGUGGGGUGCUUGGAUUGAUCACGUUCGUGAUUGGGAAAAAGUGUUUGAAGAAUAUCCUAAUCUAGAUGUGCAUUUUUGGCAUUAUGAAGACAUGAAGAAAAGUCCUCUGGAGGAGUUACGUAAGGUUUCAAAGUUUCUCGGCAGCAACUCAACAGAAGAGCUGCUUCAGGCCAUCAUAGACAAAUGUCAGUUAGAGAGAAUGAGAUGCGACAAAUUCCAAUAUGAAUGGUUGGAAAAUGGGCAAUCCAUACACUACGAGAAAGGUGUAGUUGGGACUUGGAAAGAGGUUUUCACAGUUGAACAAUAUGAACAGUUUGAGAAACUCUACAGACGGAAGAUGGCUGGGUCUAAGUUUGAGUCAAGAUACAGAGGUCCCGUUGAUGUGUUGUAAAGUGCAAUGGAUGAGCUACAAUAUACAUAGUACCAAAGGUACAUGUGUAUGUCAUGGUCUGAGAUAGACAUCACCUUUAUAUCACAUUGAAUGUUAUCAAAAUCUAUAAUAGUGUGUCGUGCUGACACAAUGAAGAAGAAUUGUUUAAUCUUUUGCAUAAUUGUUAAAUACAGAGUUACCAUGGCUCUUUAGUUCCUAUGUUUAACACAUGUGUCAAAAAUUAUUUGUUAACAACCCCUGCUUAUCUUAAAGUGGGACAA